UGGGUCAGCACGCGCGGAUGCGGGCCUGGGGGAGUGGGUAGAGUGGCGAGGGAGUCCGCUCUUAUAAAUCAAACCACCCUGAAACGGGAGUUCACUGCUGGCGAGACUGUCGUGGGUGACGGACGGGCACACAACGCGCUGCAGACUUCAUCAGGUGAAUAUACAGUUUGACAUGGCGGCUCUGUUCAGUUUAUUGUUGUUCACUUGUGUGGCUAGUCUGGCCGCAGCAGCCGCAUUGAAUAACGGGGUGCACUUCUUCUCGAUUCAAAUGACAGAAGCCGAUAAAACGUACAAUGCUCCGACAUUACCUGAACUUGUCAAAAGCCUUGGUCUGAAUGCCUUGUACGACAGUGUCGUUAAGGCCAAGCUUGCAGAUGCCCUAUCAUCAAAAGGCCCUUUCACACUCUUCGCACCCACCGACGCUGCUUUUGCGGCGAUGCCCGACUGGGAGAAGGAAGCGACGAGCAACAUCACGAUCUUGACAAAGAUUCUCAAGUACCACGUGCUCAACGGCAAAGUCUUGUCGUCAGACCUCAAGAACGAACUUCUGGUGCCUACCCUGGAGGGACAGGAAGUGAGACUCAACAUCUACCCGAACAGUGUUGUCACAGUUCAGUGCUCGCCCAUUGAUCUCAACAACGUGGACAAGCUGGCCUCGAAUGGGGUGUUACACGAGAUCAGUCGGGUGAUGCUGCCACCUGCCGGAACGGUAGUCGACGCCAUCGCCGCCUGUCCAGUGUUCCAGGACCUCAAGCUGGCUGUGGGCGUGGCUGGCCUAGAUGCAGCACUUCGGGCAGAGGGACCGUACACAGUCUUUGCUCCAACAGACAAGGCUUUUGAGCAACUACCUCCAGGAGCUUUGGAUAAUCUACUAAAAAACAAGACAGCACUUACUGAAGUGUUGCUGUACCACGUGGUUAAGAACACCUACUGCAGCGCUGGAUUGUCCUCCGUCAGCACCCUUACCACCCUCGGCGGCAAAGACCUCAGCAUUGCUGUGACUGAAGAUGCAAUCAAAGUCAACAAUGCCAAGGUGCUGCCUGGCGCUGCUGAUGGCAGUGUCUCCAACGGUGUCGUCCAUGCCAUCGACGCUGUCCUCUUACCUCCGGAGAUAAGAUCUCGACCUGUUUCUCAACUAAACCAGCUUUGAUUUCAUCUCUUUUUAGUGUUCGUGAAUGUGAAUUUGAGUGACCACAUUACAAUACCUGAAGUUUCUGAACUAAAUGAAUGCUUGUAUCUGUUAGUGUUACAGAGUGAACAACACUGUUUUGUAUUCGGUUACGUAUUCUUUUUUUCUAUUCGUUGUAUAUUUUCAUAGUUUUUGCAUUGAAAAUAAACUUGAUCUUCCAUAAA